AUGAUAAACAUUUUCUAUUCAAAAUCCAAAUGCUCAAACUGGAUUUGUAGCUCUCACUAGUAUGCAUUUUACAGGAUAAAUAGAUUUCCUAUUAUCGGUAAUAGUUUAAUAACCUUUACUUAGAUAAGUCAAAUCACAACUAAUUCAGUUACUGUGAGUAUUACUAAAGUGGCAUGAAAAUUUACAAAUCUGAAAUAAAUUGGAUAUUUUGUUGUUGUUGGAGUUGAAGAAGCCUUUAUUAAUUUAGGAUUAAAGUCAGCAACAGGUGCCUUUAGUAGAGGAGACAUUGCUUUAUAAUCUAAUAGAUGGUUUGCUCUUGCAACAUAAGGUAUAAAUUAUCCAAAUACUAAAAAUAUGAGAAUUAAAGCAACAUUUACCUAUACAGCUACAACUAUGUCAUAUACUUGGGGCACAUGUAAUAAUUAUAUCUCUAUUUAUAAUAGGAUUCGAAGUUGAAACUCCAAAUAGCCAUUCUUAGGUUUGGGUUGCAUAUUUAUUUACAAAAUCAUAUAAACCAUUAGAAUGUUUUACCAUAAGAACAAGUAGAAAAGAAGUUUUAGAUUUAACCUUAUUACCUACAUUUCAUUUAGAACUAGUUUCAUUAAAUUAAAUUUAUACUACUAAUGGAAACUAUGAUUAUUUGA